AUUUAUAUGAAAACAUAUUAGCUAUGGCACACUUGUAAAUAUGCAAAUCAAGUAAUUCAAGCAAUAUGUUACAUUUGAAAUAUAUAUUUUUCUUGUAAAGUAAAAUAAAGAAUUGCAAUGUAAAUACGUACAGUAUAUAGGUAGAUGGAACUGCCAUUAAAGCCUGCCUCGGUUUUUACUGAUGGGGUACUAACAGCUCAGCGCUCCUUCUCAUUUGUUGUCAUGUUUAUCGUGGUGCGCGGUGCAUUCUGGGAGCGCUCGGCCUAGGAAACAUGGCGUCUCACUGACAGCUUGCGGGGCUUCCAUUAUCUGGUUGGCCACCGAUAACCCGAGGAGCAGGACCACCGACAGUGCGCUUUUUACGGUUUUCUCCAUUCCCUCUCCUUUAUCCUUGUCGCUUCGCCGGCCCGCUCGGGAUCCCAAACUGAGCCGUGCGAGAAGCAGCGUUCGCGGCCGCAGUCACGCCCACCGCGUUAGUGAGAAAGCGGCGGAGAAGCAGCCCGCUCCAGCGUUAGCAUUAGCAUCCCGGCUAAGCCGCGGUGUCCGGAGCCGUCGACCUGGGUGGCGUCGGCUGACGCCCUGUCCCGUUUUUUGCCUUCCUCUUCUGUUACUGACAGCACCAUGUAUGUCGCGUAGAACCCUCCCCCUACCGUCUAGGAGCACCUAAAAUAUUUAAAAUUAUAUUAAAUUUUUUUUUUAAUGUUCGACCCGUCUGGGCUUUGCUUCGGAGGAGAGAGACAUGGGCUCCGGCGCCGCCGACUCGUCCCAGUGGCUGUCGGUGAAGGAGGAGACGAUCUUUCUGCACGAUGGGCUCAUUCGGGUCACAGACCUGGCCGAACUGCCCAGUGAGAUCGGGGUUUCGGAACAAGGGGACGCCGAACAGGAGAUUCUCACUUUUGAGACGAAGAACCCGGCAGAGCUGGCCGAGCGCCUCCGCGCCGUCUGUGGCAACCAGAGCAAUGCUUACGCCCGUCUGCUGGAGUAUCGGCUCAAUGCACUGCGUGGCCUCUGGGGGGCGCAGCGGCAGCUGGCCCUGGAAGAGCAGCAAGAGCGGGAGGGCGCCGGUGACGAGGAAGCGCUGGCCCUGCUCAAGCGACAGGGCCUGCUGCAGCAGCCCGAGCAGGCACCCUUCACAUCGCGCGUGGGGCUCCUGCUGGUCUUCCCGCUGCUGCAGUCGCAGUCACGGAGCGACCCGGCGCUCUGUGGCGUCACCGCUGAGGUACUACUGGCCUGCCUGCGUGACUGUCAACCGCUCAGCCUGAGCAAGGAGCCCGCUGACUGCCUCAGUGGCCUGGAGGGCCUUCUCUGCUCCUGGCUGGAGGACGAGGACGCGCCGGGCCAGAGGCAGCAGCGGCCUGCCGGCCUCCAGCCUCACGGCCACCGCCAGCGUGAGAAUGCUGCCGCCGCCCUGGUGGCGCUAGCCUGUGCUAGGGGCUCACUGAAGACCUUCAUCCACACAGUGCACCUCUUGCAGAAGCAGACAGACCUGGGGCAGCUUCCAGUAGCUGACGUGUUGUACAGGCUGCUGCUGCUGGAGGGAGGGCCGGGAUCGCCAUCAUGCCUGCUGGGCAGCAAGCACAGCGUCUCCUGGGGUUUCGAGGAUAUGCUGCCAGCACCAGACAGCGCUGCGGCAGGCUCCGAGAGCAAAGACACGGACCUGGGGCGUUGCCUAGCCACGGAUGGACUCUAUCUGUACACCACCAACUCCAUUGGGAAGGGGAUCAGCAAGCUGGGCUCUGGCCUUCAUGGGACUCUGCGGGGCUUUGUGUACUGUCGCAAUGAGGAGCUGGAGCCUGGUUGGUUGGUGUUCGGCAGCGGGCGCCUUCUCCAUCGGCCUGCCUCCUUCGAUGCCAAGCCUCAUCAGCUGUGCCAGGUCAUCGACCAGUUCAGCCUCCAGGUGUGCCAGAUCGUACCCAUGCCUGCUCACCAUUUCCCUGUGGGCAGCAACAUGACCACCUUACACCUCUGCUCUGAUGGGACCUACCUGUACUGGAUCUGGUCUCCAGCCAGCCUCAAUGAAAAGACCCAGAAGGGCCACUCGGUCUUCAUGGAUGUCUUUCAGCUGGUGACUCGGACAGGCCUCUGCGAGGCGGAAGUCCUGCAGGAGCGGGUUAUCCUGACGCGCAAGGAGGGCGAGUCCUCAAAAUGUCUGAACGACCUGCUUCUGUCACGCAUGUCGCGCUUCCGUGCCUCGCACUCCGCCACGCUGGCCGCGCUCACAGGCUCCGCCCUCACCAACACGGUGAAGGAGGAGCAGUCUGUGAAUACCAGCUGCGGGCUGCCCCUUAAGACGCUGCGCAGGACCCCCAUGUACGUGUGCGGCACCUACCUGGUGAUGCUGGCAUCACCCCCCGGGGUGUCUGGGAGCUCAGCCACGCGCUCCUUGUUCGGGGGCAGCAGCGGCCUUUCAUCACUUAAGAUCCUGGCCUCCAGCCUGGUGUUCAGUCUUGCGGAUGGGCAGUUCAGCAGCCGAGCCGACCUCAUCGACGCCCCGGGCAGCUCUCUGGGACGUGGGGCGCAGGUUCCAGGCCUCGGGGCGUGCUAUGAUACACUCAACAACCUUAUCUGGACCUGCUCCAGCGACUACAUGGACCAGUGGUGUAACCCAGGCAACCAGGCCUUUCAUCAUGUAUGCCACAGGCUGGGUGUCAGCCACAUCAUCAAGGAACCCAAGGAGGAGACUGUGCCCACGAGCGAGGUGAUCAGCCAGCUGCUGCACCAUGUGGGGGCCAUGUGCAUCCACCAGCUCAAUGUGCUGGCGGCCAGCGGCGGCGGCCUCCCGGCUGGGGCCUUCCUGGGCAAGCAGCAGCCCAUCGAGGCCCAGCAUUUCAGCAGCAUCUGCGACAUCAUGGAGAAGGCUAUGGUCAACGGGGACACCUGCAUCAUCCGCUGUAUCCUGGUGGUCUUCCAGGUGGUGUUUAGAUUUUUUAACCCGCAGUCAGAGCAGAACCGUGAAAGUGUGCGGCGCUCCGGCCUCCUCCUGUGGCAGCUCCUGAUGGCGCCAGCCGAUCAGAUCGGUGCCGAGAUCCAAAGGGAGGUGUGCCUGGCCAUCAGUUCGGGGCUAAACACCUUGUAUCAAGGGGAAACAGAACUAAAUAACCUACUGAAGCUUGUCCUUACAGAAGGGGAACGUAACAGUGGCCUUUCUCAACUGCGGGACGUCAUCCUCACUAACCUCGCCGUGCAGCUGCAGAAGAACCGCUUUGGAAGUGACGAUGAUGACCACUACAGGCUGAGUGAUGAGCUCCUCCACUGUAUUCUGAAGACUGUCGUCCGGGAGUCCUGUCUCCUCAUCACCAAGUGUCAGACCAUCACCAAGGAUGACUUCCAGAAGCUUCUCUCCACUGUGCCAGUGGCCUCCCCUAGCCUGCGCUACCUCAUGGCUGUUCAGAACCACCUGCUCAGCAACACGGUUCUGAUCCGCCCCGAUGACAGUGAUGACAGUGACAGCUCCCUGCAAGGGGAAACAAUGAAGGUACAGGAACUGCAGGCCAGCAUCCUGUCCCUAGCGACCAAGGUGCUGGUUGGCUGUGACGAGGUGUUGGAGACGCUGCAGCAGGUCACCACCGCCCUGAUCAACAGCGACAUCCCCGACCGGGAGAGCAGGCUGAAGGGCCUGGAACAGGUGACCAAGGCCACCAUGUUGGGCCACCUGUUGCCAGUUCUGCUGACGUCGCUGAUGCACCCCAACCUGCAGACUCUCACCCUGGCCGACGCUCUCAUGGCUCAGCUGGUUCAGCUGGUUCUCUACACCAGCCAGACUGCAUUGCUGCUGAAGACCCAGUCCCCCCUCUUUACGGAAGGUGCCACACCUACAUCAGGGCCCCCUGGACCAAGGGGGAAGGUGACCCCUGCUGACGACAGUCUGCGGAUCCUGGAGGAACGUGAGGAGCCCGGCUUCCUGACGGGACUGAAGAUCCCAGCACCUUGGGCGGCGGGCAAGACCGUGGAGACGGUGCACCCGGUACGGGACAACUACAAGUUCAAGGAGACUGUGCACAUCCCCGGGGCACGGUGCCUGUACCUCCGCUUUGACCCGCGCUGCUCGUCACAGUACGACUACGACAAGACGCGCGCCGCCGCUCUCGCCGCGGCCCAGACGCGCGCCGCCGCUCUCGCCGCGGCCCAGACGCGCGCCGCCGCUCUCGCCGCGGCCCAGACGCGCACACGCCGCUCUCGCCGCGGCCCAGACUAUUCUCAAGAGUCGUCCGAGGAUGUAUCUGGCGGCCUGCCCUUCCUGGCAGACCUCGCUCUGGGCCUCUCAGUUCUGGCCUGUUCCAUGCUGCGCAUCUUGUACAACGGGCCUGAUGUGACCCGCGAGGAGGUGGCCUGCCAGGACCUGCUCUGCUCCAAGCUGCUGCAGAGGUGCCAGUGGCAGGUAGAGGCCAACGGUGCCAUCUCCCCGGCCCUGACUCCCAGCCCAUCGCCACUGCCGCUCACCAUCGAGGAGGACCGCGAGUUCAUCUACCCCUCGGACGCGCUGAUGCCCCCACCAGGGCUUAUGCCUGGGGCUUAUUUCGACCUACCACGCAUCCGCCUGCCCCCGGGAAUCAUGAGCCGUCUGCGGGAGGUGUCGGGCAGGGCCAGGCCCCAGUUCCGACCCAGUAUCAAGGAGGUGAUCCGGCCAGAUGUCAUCGAAGAGGUCAUCGUGUCUUGUGUCAUCAAACACCUGGCACUGGUGGAUGCUCUCCAGUCUCUAGUCAACUUCCAGUACCGUGAGGAGCACUCUGAGGAACAUGACCUGCUCUGCAAGAUCAUGGCGGAGACCUUCAAGAAGAUCAACGCCAUGGAGCGGCAGCUGCAGAGCGUAGCUGAGCUGGAGCAGAAGUGGCAGGGCGAGGUGGAGGAGGCGCAACAGGGCAAGCUGGAGAACAACAUGCCCUUCUUCUACGAUUACCACUUCUUCGAGAAUAAGAUUAAGGAGCUGGAGCUGCUAUGUUCCCUGAAGGAGGUGCCUUUAGACUGCAGCGAUCUGGAGAAUGUGGUUCUGGCCUUGAGGGAGAAGUUCUUCCAGGAGGUGAACUCCCUGCAGCAGAAGACAGGAGGCCCCCUGGCCAAGACCCGCUCCCUGGUGAAGAGCCUGAUGAACCGUACAGAGCUGCUGCUGCAUGUCACCAUCGCUCCCCACUCACGCAGCCUGGCUGGGACACCCUCUGGGACCCCAGCCUGCAAGUCGGUGUCGGACACCAAGUCCACCGUGCCCCCGGUGAAGCAGCCGGUCUUCCUGCGCAGCAUGUCUGCGCCCUCUGACCUGGAAAUGAUCGCCAACCAGGACCUGGAGUUCACUCACAGUAGCCAGCGGAGGCGCCACCACCCAACCAGCCACCGCAGCAGCUCGUUCACCCUGCUGCAGUCGCUGGCCAUCGAGGACAGCCGGGAUAAGCCCACGUACAGCGUGCUGCUGGGCCAGCUCUUUGCAUUCAUCGGCACCACGCCGGACCAGGCCGUGUCCAGCAGCAGCUUCCUGUCGGCCGCACAGACCCGCUGGAGGAGGGGCAACACCCGCCGGCAGGCGCUGGUGCAUAUGCGGGAGCUGCUGACGGCCGCCGUGCGAGUGGGUGGGGUCACGCACCUGGUGGGCCCUGUAACCAUGGUGCUGCAAGGCGGGCCCAGGAUCGAGGAGCUGACGUGCGGGGGCAUGGUGGAGCAGGUCCAAGAGGCCUUUGGAGAGACCAUGACGUCCGUGGUAUCGCUGUGUGCCCGCUAUCCCAUCGCUUGCGCCAACAGCAUCGGCAUGCUCUGCACCAUCCCCUACACCAGGAGUGAGGAGCAGUGCUUGGUGAGGAGCGGCCUGGUCCAGCUGAUGGACCGCCUCUGCAGCCUCAGCGGGCAGCGCGACAGCAGCUCCAGCGAGAAGCAGACCCGCAGGCAAAAGGUGGCCACCAUGGCCUGGGCUGCCUUCCAGGUGCUGGCCAACCGCUGCAUCGAGUGGGAGAAAGUGGAAGGUGGCUCCACGGAUGCAGUGCAUUCUGGGUUGGCGCGGCAGGUAUCCAGUCUGCUGACCAAUCAUCUGGCCCGGGCCACCGAAUGCUGUGGGAACCAGGCGGCUGGGAAUGAGGCUCUGCAGGAUGUGCUGAGCCUCCUCAACGACCUGUCCAGGAGCCACAUAGGAAAGGCCAUACUGAGCCAGCCAGCCUGUGUAUCCAAGCUGCUGUCACUGCUGCUGGACCAGCGGCCGUCGCCCAAGCUGGUGCUGAUCAUCCUGCAGCUGUGCCGUGCAGCGCUGCCUCUCAUGAGCGUGGAGGACUGCCGCAAUGUGGCUCUGCCGCCCUGGAGCUACUCCAUGCACGCGCUGGACACCGAGCAGCCGGACUCCGGAGACCCGGCCUCACGCAUCGCCUCCUUGCUGUUGGCAAAACUGGCCGACUACGUGGUGCCAGGCUGCCAGACCCUGCUGUCCCCGAGCUCAUCAGAGCCCGACACCAGCCUGACCCGCCUGAGCCCCAAGGGCUCACUGAAGCCCGAUAAGGACGUCGAGGAGGAGGGGGAGGCCGUGGACGGCAAGCUCUCCAUCUUUAUCCACAAGCGCGAGGACCAGUCGUCCCACGAAGUGCUGCAGCCGCUGCUCAGCAGUUCUGAGGGCCGCCCCUUCCGGUUGGGCACCGGAGCCAACAUGGAGAAGGUGGUCAAGAUGGACCGCGACAUGACCAAGAGUGGGAGCUGUGAGGUGGUGACGGAGGAGGCGGCUGCCGCGCUGCGCAAGGCCACCAAGUGGGCCCAGUCGGGCCUCAUCGUCAGCGUGGGGCCCCCAGUGGAGGCGCUGUCCCUGGAGACCGCCGGCGGCGUCACCGCAGGAGACAAGAAGAAGUCGGCUCAGACGGCCGUGUGCCGCGAGAGGAACUCUGAACUGGCCAGGUCGGACCCCGUCAGGCCCUUCAUCAGUGGCCACGUGGCCAAUAGUAUGGCGGCUGAGGUCAUCGCCCUGCUGCACAGCCUGCUGACGGCGCCGGAGUCCAACACAGCCCAGAUCUGGACCAGCACCGUUGAGAAGGUGCUGUCGCGGGCCCUGAUGUACAUCCCUCAGCUGGGCAAGUACGCCGAGAGCAUCCUGGAGAGCGGCGGCAGCAGCGGCCGCAAGCUGUCCAAGCUGCAGGCCAUCGGCAGGCAGGCGGUAGCAGCCCUGUGCGCCCUGGGAGGCUUCAAAGAGACCAUCAAGAUCGGCUCGGAAGUGCAGGUGCUGGGGAAAGGGAUUCUGGGAAGUGUGGGUGUAGUCAUGUCCAUCAACGAGCAGGAGGGCAUCGCCACUGUCAAGUUCCCAUCCUGUGAUUACCGGAAGACCUGCAAAGCCUCCGAUGUUCUCACGGUGCCUAUUUCACGCCUGUGUACCCCACGCUCCGAGGCCUUACCUCUGUACAAGCUCUCCAUCACUGAGAAGGUGGUGCAAGCUGUGCAGUCCAUGCUUCUGCCACAAGAGGGCAGCCUCUCCAUCCACACAUCGCUCCCGGCCUCCGGGGAUGGCUCCAGUCCUGUCAUGGCGGCGGUGCGCCUGCUGGCUGAGAUCCGCACCCGAGCAUGUCUGGUGAUGGCCCAGCUGCUGGAGGACAGCUCGUUCUGUGAGGAGUUCAUCCAGCAGUGCCCCGCCGCCGUGGAGGUGUUGAACCUGGUGGCCCAGGAGUGCAGCCCCGGAGAGCGACUGUGUGUGGUUGAGGCCCAAUGUGAGCGCCUGAGGAUGCUGUACCGGGACUGUGCUCGUCCCCCACCCCCACCUCUCCAGACUGACCGCAGACAGCCCAAAGAGAUCACCUGGUGCCCGUCCCGGGUCUUCCCGCCAGUGCGUGCCUGCAUGUUCUCCUCCCGCUUGACCUCCGUGACCUUCCUGGCUGACCCCAGCGCCGGUGGUGGUCUGCCGCGGGGCACGUUCAUCUACGCUACCUCGCCCGUGCCCGUGCAGGCUCCCUCCUUCUACUGGGAGAUAGAGAUUGUGUCCUACGGGGAUUCAGACGACGACAGCGGGCCCAUUGUGUCCUUCGGCUUUGCGACGGAGGCAGAGAAGAGGGAUGGGGCCUGGACCAACCCUGUGGGCACGUGCCUUUUCCACAAUAAUGGCCGGGCAGUGCACUACAAUGGGUCCAGCCUGCUGCAGUGGAAGAGCGUGAGGCUGGACGUCACUCUGCUUGCUGGUGACGUGGCUGGGAUUGGCUGGGAGCGUUCUGAGGGCACGCCCCCGCCUCCGGGACAGGCCCCCAAGGGGCGCGUGUACUUCACCUACUGUGGCCAGCGGCUCAGCCCCUUCCUGGAGGAUGUGGCAGGGGGAAUGUGGCCCCUAGUGCACAUCCAGAAGAAGAACACGAAGAUUCGCGCCAACUUCGGCUGCCGACCAUUUGCGUACGCGGAGGGCCAGGCUCACCGUAAUGCCGCCGACCUCUGCGUCGAUCUGGCUCAGGAGAUCAGCGCCAACUUCGAGGUGCUCCCCUUCGCCAUGGCCUCCGACAGUGACAAUGAUGCCGGCGCCAGCGUGGCCUCUGAUCCGGGCUCUCACGGGCCGCCCUGCCGCAUCGCCGCCGUGGCCACUGCCCAACAGCAGUACAACAGCGACUUGUCCUGCCACUACAAGGUGGAGCUGAGUUACGACAACCUCGUCACGUCGGGGCCUGACCCCCACCCACCCCCCAUUGCCGACGACGAGAGCGAUGAUGAUGACGAUGAUGAUGUUCCCAGGGAGGACCACUAUGCCCUCUUGGUGAAAGCCUGGGAGACCAAGGUUUUUCCCACCAUUCGGCGCCGUUUCCGGAACGAGGCAGAGAGGAAGUCUGGCCUGGAUCAGAUUAAAGGGGCACUGCAGUUGGGUAUGGUGGACAUCGCCCGGCAAACGGUGGAGUUCCUUUAUGAGGAGAAUGGGGGUAUUCCCCGUGACCUCUACCUGCCCACUAUAGAGGACAUCAAGGAUGAGGCCAACAAAUUCACCAUCGACAAAGUCCGCAAAGGUCUGACCGUGGUCAUCCGCUGCCCAGACAGCAACAACACCAACAGCACCACCGGGGGCACGGCCCUGCCCAAGUUCGCCAUCCGGGGCAUGCUUAAGACCUUUGGCCUGCAUGGGGUGGUCUUGGAUGUGGAUUCGAUGAAUGAACUGGUGCAGGUGGAGACAUACCUGCGCAGCGAGGGCGUUCUUGUGCGCUACUGGUACCCCAUAGAGAUGCUGGAGCGCCCCCCGACGGGCUCCCGCCGCACUGCCGCCAAUGGCCUCGUGUCCCUGGACAGCAGCAACAUCCAGAUCCACAGGGAGCUGCUUCGCUGCGAGGGGGGGCUGGCGCGCCUCUACUGCCGCAUGGCCCUGCUCAAUAUCUUCGCCCCCAAGAGCCCCCACACCUUCACCCGCCUCUUCCACAUUCCUGCCGUGCGCGACAUCACCCUAGAACACCUGCAGCUGCUGUCCAAUCAACUGCUGGCACCCCCUCUCCCAGAUGGCACCAUUAGCUCCACCUCCAUCCUGCUGGCCCAGUCGCUGCUGCACAACCUGCAGGGCCAGAGCUGCUCACCCACAGACCUCUUCUACCAGGGCAAUGCGCGGCCCAUCCGGGAGUGGCUGACGGUGGCCAUCACACGCGCCCUGCACCAGGGCGAGGAGAGCCUGUUGGAGCUCACCAAGCAGAUCUGCAGCUUCCUGCAGAACGCACCAGAGCAGUUUACGUCGGAGGAGUUUCCCGUUUCGGAGUCCAAGGUCAGCAUGGACGUGAACUUCCCUGGUGCAGCCUUCGUCGUCGUGUCCUGCAAGGAGAGCCAGCUGGGAUGCCGCAAAGACUCCUCCCUUUACAAGGCCCCCUGGGCUCGAGUCAUGGUGUAUGGCCUGGGGCACAAGGUGCGACGCAAUGGGCAGCUGAGCCUGACGGAGGCCGUGUGCUACCCGCUGGAUGCCUCACCCUCUAACACGGGCCUCACCCCCCCGCCCACCACCAACCAGUAUCCCUCCAUCAUCAUCCCCACAGACAAGGUGCACAUCAAGCUGGGCGUGUCACCCCCUCCUGGAGCUGUGCUGGCUCUGCACUCCCUGCCGCUGGAGUUCCCGCUGGCCCUGGCCUUUGCCGAGCAGCUGCUGACGUGGACGCUGGGCGAGGGGGGCGAGCGGGCGGAGGAUGAGCCGGACACUGUGCCCGCCUCCGUGCUGCUGCAAGUGGUGGAGCUGUUGGGCGGCUUGCUGUGGACCACCGACCUGGCACCCUGCAUCAAGGAGCUGGCCUUCCACCUUCUGGCUGAGCUCCUCCGAAAGAUCCACCUGCUGGAGCAGAGGCGCACCUCCACUGGCAUCUCCAGCUCCAUCGCGCUGCUACUCAACCCCUGCCUGGCCGUGCUCAUGGCACUGCAGACGGAGCUGCGCAAGCUAUACGACCGCGAGACGCAGGGCUGGGCGGCAUCGGGGUCGGGGGUCUCAGCCGGCGGGGCCCUCGGCCUGGGGGCCGAGCAAGGCCGCUUCUCCACCUACUUCCACGCGCUGACGGAGGUGUGCCUGGCGGUGGCCGAGGUGACCCUCCCACUGAACGUGGGCGGCACCGCCAUGGGUGCCCUGUCCUCCGGUGCUGCGCCCAGCCUCAGCGACUCUUCCUCGUCCUCCUCCUCUUCACCGGGGCAGACGCCACAGAGCCCCAGCCUGCUGUCCAAGCGCAAGAAGGUCAAGAUGAAGCGAGAUCGGGCGGCAGCGGCAGCCGUGGCGGCAGCGGCCGUGGCCUCCGGCAAACGAGGGGGGGCGUCCGGCUCGGUGGGGGCUGGCGCCCGGCUCUCAGACAGCGACGGCACCCUGCUCAGCAUGACCGCUGGAAAACCAGAGGACAUGCUCUGGUUUCACCGCGGCCUCACCCUGCUCAUGAUCUUGCGGCACCUGGCCAAGAAGGACCCGCAGGGACUGGGCGUCACCAGCGACGCCAUUGCAGACGCCUGCCAGGCUCUGGUCGGCCCCACUGCCCACAGCCGCCUGCUGGUCCUGUCCGGCAUCCCCACCCACCUGGAGGAAGCCACCGUCCGCGCCGCCAUCCGUCGCGCUUGCAAUGCUCACGGCGGCCUUUUCAAGGAUGAGAUCUUCAUCCCACUGCAGGAGGAGGAUCCCAAGCGGCCCAAGCCGGCUGCUCAGGAGGCCAAGGCCGCCACCGCCGCCACGCCCGGGCCCGAGCGGCCACCCUCCCUGGGGGGGAACGAAAGCCCCGACAGCUCCAGCAGCGUGACCCCCGCCAUGAGCGUCACCGCCUCCGCCUCCACCAGCCAGACCUCCAUCUGCAGCUCGUCUCAGGGCGUGUCACGCACCGUCAGCGAGCUCUCCGUGGACCAGGAGCUGCUGGCCGCCCCGACCGCCGCUACCGCCACCGUCGCUGCCUCCGGACCUCUGCCGCAGCAGGGGCUUCUGGAGCCGCACACGGUGUCCAGCCAGGAGAGCCUGGACAUCUCGCUGUGCAGCACCGGCAGCCUGGGCAGCCUGGGCAGCCUGGGGGAGCAGCUGGACAGUGGCGACAGUGCCUCGGUGUCCGACGGCGGCUCCAUGUACACCGUUACCUCCCUGGACAACAAUGCUGUGAUGAGCCGGCCCAUUAAAGGCUAUGCUGUCAUCGAGGUACGUGCACGGGCCAAAGUGGAGAAGAUCCGUGCCAGCCUCUUCAACAGCAGCGACCUGAUUGGCCUAUCCAGCCUGGAAGGGGAGGAUGAGCUGAUGGAGAUGACGAAUGAGGAGAUCCUCACUGCCUCCAGUGUGAACCAGAGCCUGUUUGACACGCAGGGAAGCUCUGCCCUUGAGGACUAUUUCAUGGACAAAUCCCUCAGAGGUGACAAGUUGGUGCCGGGCGCCCGCGACGUGCUGACGGAGAUCUUCAAGAGCUGCGUCCUCUCAGAGCAGCUGCUGAGCCUGACCCCCACCAAGCCCGUCAAGGUGUCCGACAUCUACCUGAGCAAGGAGCAGAUAAACGCACAGACUCCUGGGAACCUGCUGCACGUCUUCUUCACCAAUGUGAGGCCCCCCAACAAGGUGUUGGAGGACCAGCUCACUCAGAUUCUCCGAAAAUAUGGCGUUCCCAAGCCCAGCAAGAGCAAGUACAGCAAAGCAGGCAAAGAGCAGCACCAGGGCAAGGUAGUGAGCACCAAGCGACCAGUCACCAAGCCGCCCACCAAAGAGAAGUCUGUGCUGAACAGCGUCAGGACCGCGCUAAGUGAGAAGAAGCCAGUCCUGAAGCCCAAGUCUCCAGAAAAGUCUAGGCCUGACGAGAAGGACAUGGAGAAAUCUCCCGCCAAGAAGCAGGAAGUCCCCGAGGAAAAAUACCUGACCCUGGAGGGCUUCCACAGGUUCACAGUGGACCGUGCAAAGCAGGACAUCCGCAGUGUUUGGAGGGCCAUCCUGGCCUGUGGCUACGACCUGCACUUUGAGAGGUGCACCUGCAUCGAUGCUCGCCACGCCCAGAAGGCUUCCAAGAAGUGGACCCUGGAGAUGGAUGUGGCCUUGGUGCAGCACGUCAACCGGCUGUGUCGCCACCUGGCCAUCACACCCAGCCGGCUGCACCCGCACGAGGUCUACCUGGACCCGGCAGACGCAGCCGAUCCACGCGUGGCCUGCUUGCUCGGCGUUGCCAGUGAGAGUCUCCGGCUGCGCUUUGCCCUGCUCCAGUCCCUCAACACCACCCUGGAGAGCUUCUUCCUUCCGCUGAUCGAGCUCCGACCAACCACCAGCUACCAGAACAGCAUCGCCGCCCUGCUGUGCGAAGCCAAGGGACUGAUAUUCUAUGACACCAAAGUGACGGUAAUGAACCGCGUGCUGAAUGCCACCGUGCAGCGCACAGCUGAUCAUGCCGCACCUGAGAUCACCCUGGACCCGCUGGAGAUCGUGGGAGGGGAGAUCCGCUCCUCGGAGAACACCUACUUCUGCCAGGCUGCCCGGCAGCUGUCCUGCGUGCCCUCCUCGCAGCUCUGCGUCAAACUGGCCAGCGGCGGCGACCCCACCUACGCCUUCAACAUCCGCUUCACCGGGGAGGAGGUGCAUGGCACCAGUGGUUCUUUCCGCCACUUCCUGUGGCAGGUGUGUAAGGAGCUCCAGAGUUCGGCCCUGUCCCUGUUGCUGCCCUGCCCUAGCUCUGCUGCUAACCGCAACAAGGGGAAGUACAUUCUGACGCCCUGCCCCAUCAGCUAUGCCGAAGAGCAGCUGCUGCACUUCUUUGGGCAGCUUCUAGGCAUCGGCAUCCGGGCUGACGUGCCGCUGCCCCUGGACCUUCUGGGCUCAUUCUGGAAGGGUCUUGUGGGAGAGCCGCUGGACCCUGAUGUCGACUUGCAGGAGGCAGACCUGAUCACCUACAACUACGUCAAGAAGUUUGAGAACGUGAGCGAGGAGGCGGAGCUGGAGGCUCUAUGUGCGGAGAUCUCCUCCCAGCAUCACUCGGGCGAGAGUCCCGACUCACCCAGCCGGCCGUGCUGCACCUUCACCUACGUCACCAUGACUGGGGAGGAGGUGGAGCUGUGUCCUGGGGGCCGCAGCCUCUGCGUCAGCUGGGAGAAUAAGGAAGUGUAUGCGCGUGCAGUGAGGGCCCUGCGGCUGCGCGAGCUGCAGAACGCCGAGUGCAUGGCGGCCGUCAGGGCGGGGCUCGGCUCCAUCAUCCCCCUGCAGCUGCUUACCCUGCUCAGCCCCCUGGAGGUGGAGCUUCGUACAUGCGGGCUGCCCUACAUCAAUCUGGAGUUCCUCAAGGCACACACCAUGUACCAAGUGGGUCUCAUGGAAACCGACCAGCACAUAGAGUUCUUCUGGACUGCCCUGGAGAUGUUCACUCAAGAGGAGCUUUGCAAGUUCAUCAAGUUUGCCUGCAACCAGGAGCGCAUCCCAUUCACCUGCCCCUGCAGGGAUGGGGGUCCCGACACGGCCCAUGUGCCUCCCUACCCCAUGAAGAUCGCGCCUCCUGAUGGGGCAGCAGGCUCGCCUGACUCGCGAUACAUCCGCGUGGAGACCUGCAUGUUCAUGGUGAAGCUGCCUCAGUAUUCCUCCCUGGAGGUCAUGCUGGAGAAGCUGCGUUACGCCAUCCAUUACCGCGAAGACCCCCUGAGCGGCUGAGGGGCGGCCCCUCCCUGCCCUCUCACCCCUGUGGUUUCUCCAGGGCUCCUUUUUGAGGAAAGAGAAGCGGUGUUAGACCUUUUUAAAUUUAUUUUAAUUUUCCUUUUUUUUUUUUUUUUAACGGGAACACCGUGUGUUCAGGCAUCUCCAGAGUGUGAUCUGUCAAUGGUGUACAUUCUCACACACGUUUCUGCUGUUUGUCCCAACAAUGGGGCGUUCCGUACCUGAAGUAUAUUAUGGGCAUUUUGUGAAAUAUCUCCAUCUCCUUGGCCAUCUCCCCCCUUUCUCUCUCUCUCUCUCUCUCUCUCUCUCUCUCUCUAUUCUUCUGUUCUGGCUCUGGAUGCCACCCCCUUCUCAAGGAGAGGGAAAUCACUUUGUGGGACUCCAGCCACUGCUAAUCAAAAUGCCAAAAAGAAAAAAAACAGGUACAGAGGUGAAAGGUCAAAGGCCACCAAGUGAAGUGGGAGGGUCAUGACUGUCCUCCUACUAUCCUCAUCAUUACAGCAGCAGGUGUGACAGGUCCUCCUCCAAGCCUCGCUGUGCUCUCGGGAUGAAGCUGGCUGUGGGACGCGGCCCGUUUCGGAGGUGUGCCGAGAUCGGGGUCCUGCCACCUGCUGGCUGUUCAUCUACAAUGCAGGCCUAGCAUGCGGGCAGCACUGUGGACGACACUGUAUAUUUCUGCAUAGAAAGCUGCAUCGUUAAAGGACGACUUAUCUACCUAUGUUAAAGGGUGCAUAUAUUCAAAUCUAUAAAGACGUCAUGUAUAAAAGUAUUACUCAAAGCGAAGCUGCCCCCCUGCACCGGACUGUAGAGGGUGAUUGUUUUCGGUUUGACUAGCUGUUGGCGGCACAAGUGUGGGGGGUGGUGUCCCCCCCCAUCCCCCUCAAAGGAAGAUAGUGUGCUGCUUAGCCAGACCUGUGCAUUCUGCGAAGCCCAGGUGCCCCCCCACCUCUGUAGGGCCUGGUCUAUCAGUGAUUGCCUUUAGCAGAGGACCUGAGGCAGCAAACAGGCUUUUGUUUUCAUUGUUUUUUAUUUUGGUCAUUUUUUUUGCCGCCUCCAAAACAAAUGUUUUCCGCUUUGUAAAGAAACAUGUACUUUAAGGAAAUGUAAAUAGUAUUCUACAUUUGACUUUGACAGCCUUGGAAAAGGCAGUUUCACUUCACUUAGGGUUUUUUAUUUUCUUCCAGAUAGGUUAUAAAAAUUGUCUGAAUGUGAAUGGUCUGCAUUGGAUUUUUUUUGUUCCCUCACUUCUUUCCAGUUUUGAAAAUGACCAGUAAUGUAUCACUUAAAUAUUGUAUCUCAGAUGGAUUCUAUGUUCCUUAUUCCUUUGGUGAAAACGCGUUAUGUUGUGUAAGUGAGAGACUGUCGUCUUUGCCUGGCGUGCGUGCUGUGGCAGCCGUCUCCUAUGAGGGGUGCUGUCAUUUUCGGGAGUGACAGGAGUUGGUUGUUUGCCAAUAUUUUUUUUUUGUUUAGUUCUUUUAAAGGUGAGGAUAGCCGUGACAGAUAAACGCUGCUAACCAAGCUUCUCUCUAGCAAAGAAUGCGUCGAGGACAAAAGGACACACAUGUUGCAGUAAAGUGUGCUGUACAUUUACUUGAUAUUUAUUACUAUUUAUGGUUGGAUUAACUUUUCUGUCUACCCUCUGCACAUCAGAAUCUAACACGGAUGUCUGAAUAAAGUUCUACAGAGGAGGAAAAACCGACUUCGAGAUUCCUGUGUAACAAUAAAGAGGUUGUCUUGAUGUAA